GCGACUAAAAGAUCGGCCAACCGAAGUCGUCGCCAUUACUGGCUGGCUUGUGCGUUUCCAUGUUGAGCCUUGGGGGAGGUUUUCGGGUGCGUGCAACCAGGACGAUAAUUUUUAGCGGCAUCGCCAAAACGUCGAUGUAUAGUGUUCGUAACGUCUCUUCUCGAAGUGGAUCUAAAACUUUGACUACUGGGGCGACGUCUUCUCUUAACGGAGAGCUCGAGUAUGGACAGUCUGACAAAUUGAUUCAAUGGGAUCUGUUGACGAAGAAGUCUCAGGUGGAGUGUCAACCGCGUGACAGACUGGGCGCUGAAAGGAACAUUCAUGAACUUUGUCAGCCGUUUCUGCCAGUUUGUCAAGUGAUAAAUCGUCGGCGGAUACAGUUAUGAUCGCCGUAGUGUUGGAUGGGACGCAUUUGAACCAUAACUGACGUUAGACGUUGUCGUCGACUUAAAAGGAACCCACCAGCAAGAGCAUAUAACGCAGUUCAACUUCGGAAAGAAGUUGGUGAAGUCUGACCUUAUCGGAAGCUGUGAGACGUUUCAAAACGGCAAUUUUAAGCUUAUCGUAUGGUGUUUCGGUAGGAACAGAGUCGAGCAAGUCUACCCCAUUGGCCGCUGUGUGUGCGAAGAUGUGCAACGACGAAGGAGCACGUAGAACAUAGUGAAGUAAUCCUACAGCAACGAAAAAGCUUCCAACUGUGAAAACCAGACAUGGGCAUUGUUUACGUCAAAAGCGGGCAAGGAAAAACCAACAAAAUUUUCAGAAGUCAGUGUGGGGAGUGGUACUAAACGACAUUUCGCAG